AAGUCACUGCAGAAUGAGAGCUAGUGUCUUGAACCCGAGGGACAUUAUUUCUUUCCUCCACAGAAUUCUGAUGAGUAUACUGAACCCUCCCUGUUUCAUUUGUCUCAGAUUCUUUUCAGUCCUCUGAAGACUGCACACAGGAUGGCUGCAAACAAGCCCAAGGGUCAGAAUUCUUUGGCCUUACACAAAGUCAUCAUGGUGGGCAGUGGUGGUGUGGGCAAGUCUGCUCUGACUCUGCAGUUCAUGUAUGAUGAGUUUGUAGAAGACUAUGAACCUACCAAAGCAGACAGCUACAGGAAGAAGGUAGUGCUGGAUGGGGAGGAAGUGCAGAUCGACAUCUUAGAUACAGCAGGGCAGGAAGACUACGCUGCAAUUAGAGACAACUACUUCCGAAGUGGGGAGGGAUUCCUCUGUGUCUUCUCUAUCACAGAGAUGGAGUCCUUUGCAGCUACAGCGGACUUCAGGGAACAGAUUUUAAGAGUAAAAGAAGAUGAGAAUGUUCCAUUUCUCCUGGUUGGUAACAAAUCAGAUUUAGAAGAUAAAAGGCAGGUUUCUGUAGAAGAGGCAAAAAACAGAGCUGACCAGUGGAACGUUAACUACGUGGAGACGUCUGCUAAGACGCGCGCCAACGUUGACAAGGUAUUUUUUGAUUUAAUGAGGGAAAUACGAGCCAGAAAGAUGGAAGACAGCAAAGAAAAAAAUGGAAAAAAGAAGAGGAAAAGUUUAGCCAAGAGAAUCAGAGAAAGAUGCUGCAUUUUAUAAUCAAAGCCCAAACUCCUUUCUUAUCCUGACCUGACCAUACUAAUAAAUAUAAUUUAUAAGCAUUGCCA